CAGGCCCGGCCUGUGAGGAACUCCAGCUUGAUAGAGAGGAAGAGAGAGGGGAAAGCCAGUGGGGGGAGGAGGAAGGGUCACCAGGGUCCCACACCCGACUGCCUCAGGACAGAAACUACACUCAGAAGGGCAGGCACCUGCAGGUCUGGAUUCUCCGUCCCCAAGGAGACCCCAGCAUGUGGGGAUACCUGUCCCUGCUGCCUGCCUUCCUGGCAUUCUGGGCUACUGCUGGCAUCUGGACCGUUUUUUCGCUUGCUGUGGCCAACAAGGCUGUGAACCUCACUGAAGGCUUCCCCUAUAUCAGUCGAUGUGGAAAUAGCCCCCCUCAGAGCUGCAUCUUCAGCCAGGUGCUCAACUUGGGAGCUGCUUUGGCCGCCUGGACCUGCAUUCUCCGUUACCACCAGCUUCGGGACUGGGGGGUCGGAAAGUGGCCUAACCAGCUGAUCCUGUGGACGGGGCUCCUCUGCACCUUGGGCACCUCCAUAGUGGGCAAUUUUCAGGAAAAGAACCAGCGGGCCACGCACCUAAUGGGGGCCUUCCUCGCCUUCUUUGUGGGAAUAUUCUACUUCUGGCUGCAGCUCCUUGUCUUCUGGAGGGUGAAGAGCCUGCCCCAGCCCGGGGCUCCCUGGAUCGGGCCACUCCGUCUGCUCCUCUGCAGCAUUUGCACCAUCCUCACGGUGGCCAUGGUCGUCCUCCACACCUGGUCACUGCGCUCAGCCUCUGCCGCCUGUGAAUGGGUCGUCGCCAUGCUGCUGUUCAUCCUCUUUGGCCUCUUUGCGGUGGACUUCUCCAGCCUGGACGGCUGCACCCUGUGUCUCCAGCCGGGCCCUGGCAGCCUGAGCCCCCCGCCGGCCUCCCCCAUCUCCCUGAAGGUCCAGCACUGAACACCUGGUCAGCGUAGCAUCUUCGCACCUCCUGUCUCUGCCAUCUGGUUCCGCCCCUGCAACCAAGGCCACCCAGGAAGUGAGAGGCCAAGGCCAGCCAGCCAUCCCUGAUCAAGGAUAUUUAUUAUUAUUAUUAUUAAUUUUUUUUUUUUUUGCCGCUGGCGGAAUCAGAGACACGGACGCAGGCAGGAUCACGCGAAAUCAGAAUUCCUUCCAGAGAGCAAAUCCGUACAGAAGGUCGUGGGGAAGGGAGAAGACCAGGGGAGGGGGGCCCAGGAAGGGGGAGUUGGGGACACAAGGACAGAUGGCCCUGUCCGUCCGGAUCUGC